AUGAGUACUCUUAGUUGGAACUGUCGGGGGCUUGGGAACCACCGCACAGUUCAGGCUUUGCGAAGUUCCAUGGAGAAAGAAGUUCCCAUCUUAGUUUUUCUCAUGGAGACUAAGAUUCCAAGAAAACAACAACAUAAGAUGAAGGAAAUUCAGAAUUCCAUUGGCUUUACUCAAGGCUUGAUUGUUCCUAGUGAGGGUCGGAGUGGGGGCUUAGCCCUUCUUUGGAAACCUGAAACUUUUGUUAAUAUCAGGGGCUAUUCGAAGUGGUUUAUUGAUGCUGAGGUCGUCUGUGGUAAUGUGCAAGGGAGUUGGCGCUUCACAGGUUUUUAUGGUCAGCCAGAUACUAGUAAAAGGGAAGAAACUUGGCAAAUUCUGGAAGCAUUUGGUCACAGUAAUGUAUUACCUUGGCUUUGUAUUGGUGAUUAUAAUGAGAUCCUCAGUAACUCUGAGAAAUUGGGAGGGCAACUUAGACCGACGAGACAAAUGGACAGAUUUCGGGAAAUAGUGGAUUUAUGUCAAUUUAGGGAUUUGGGAUACACAGGGACAAGAUAUACUUGGUCAAGACACUUUGAGAAUGGAGAUAGUGUGUGGGCUCGGUUGGAUCGUGCACUAGCAAAUGAGGAAUGGAUGAGGAAGUUUGCUAAUGCCAGAGUGGUCCAUAUAUCAACCAUAGAGUCUGAUCAUUGCAUGCUUUGCCUCCAGUGGGGUCAUGACACCAGGAACCGAAUGCACACAGGGAAGUUGUUUAGAUUUGAAGUCAUGUGGCUUCAUGAUCCUCGUUGCCCAGAGGUGGUUAGUGAUGCUUGGGAGCGUGGACUUUCACUCUCUUCGGGUUUUCCAAUUCACAAUUGCUUACAUUCUUGUAGGGAGGCUUUGAAACGGUGGAAUAAGCUUGAGUUUGGCCAUGUGGGGCGCCGUAUUUCAGCCUUACAAGCCCAUUUGCAACGGUUAGAGCAACAACCCGAGCUUCAUGGUGAGGAAAUUCGAAGUGUAAGGAAGGAGUUGGGCUCAUGGUUAGACACUGAGGAGGUCAUGUGGCAGCAGCGCUCUAGAAAUAUGUAUUUGGUGGCUGGUGAUCGAAAUACACGGUUUUUUCAUGUCAAAGCUUCCAAUAGAAAUCAGAAAAAUAUGAUUGAGGGCAUGGAGGACAGUUCGGAUACCUGGUAG